AUGAAAAUAAGUGACUGGGAUGUCUACUACGUACUUGGCGACGAUCCAACUGAGUGCCGUCUGAUUGACUCACGUGGGCGACGUCGUCCACUUCUCUUUGUCGCCUCGUCAGCGCCACAUCUUCUACGUCUCGCCACUAAUCUCACCGAAGUCACCAUACUCAUGAAGGAAGUGGACGCAUUCCGUAAUCCCUACUCGACGACUAGUGUUGGAGACUGCUCACCUUUUACGCCUGGUGGCUACCUUGGACGGCUGCUUGGUCCAAAUCCACCGUUACUGCCGAAACUCAAGCAGCUGUCACUGCACGUUGAUGUCAUGGUGGAAUCCAUUAGUCUUACACCGUUGCCGUGUCCCAGUCAGGAUUUACACUAUGCUCUUCAUACGCUCUCAUCAGCACCAUUCCGAACUCUUAUCCAGAUAAGCUUCUGUUGUGCACAAUUCCGUGAGAGUGACCUAGCAGCAAGAAGUUAUUUGAUCGCCGGCAUGGAACAGACGCUGAAGGCAGCAGCCGAGAUGGGAGCUGACACCGAGUUCGAAGUAGAACCGGAAGAAGGUGCGCGUGACUCUUUUUCUUGUUCUUUUAGUUCUAUAGUCUCAAUGUUGAAAACAAGUAGUAGCUUAUCAAGCCGAAUGUAA